GUUCAACGUCAUGCAAAUCGAGCGAGCGAGAGAUGAGAGCGAGCGUAUUAAAUGGAUUUGCAAAGAGGUCCCUGGGCCCACGUCCACGAACUCGAUGUCGAAAUUAUUUUUGUUCCUGAGGUUGAAGUUUACAUCGGCAACAUCUUAAUCAAAUUUCUGAUAAUGAGUUCCACUACUUAGAUAUUGACGUUUCCUGUUAAUCUGUGGAAUAUUCGCUUGCAACGGGUAGACGGGAAGUCUUCGAAUGAUGAAUUUUGCUGAUGCGUCGAUUUGCAUUUGUGUAGUCCCGGAUAUUGAUAUUUGUUGCAGGGAGUCAUCUUCAGAGCUGAGCUGUUUUGUCUGUUGGCGUUGCUGUGCCUGAUGCUGAGGUUCUGAGCUGAGAGUGUGGCAGUCACAUUUUUUAUGCUGCUCGCCUUUUUCAACUUUCAUAGGUAACAGAUAAACUCAAGAUUUGAUCAGAGGGAAAAACAUACAUUUAAAAGAUGGCUCGUAUCCAUGUCACAACGUUUAUAACACUAUGUCUGGUUGCCCUGGCGAUCUAUGUCCUCUACUUCCAUGUUCCAAGAUCUGCCUCGGGAGAAGCCGUUGCUGAGGUCAAAGAUGUGAACCAUGAAACAAGACAUAGUGUGCAGCGUGACCUGAGUAAGAACGCCUCGGCAAAUGGCACCAUCAAUGUUUUGAUCUGUUCAGAUGCCACCACACUCGGCGGCAUGGUUGCAGCUAUGAAUAGUAUCUAUCUCAAUACCAAGGCACAUAUCAAGUUCUAUCUGGUUGUUGACCAAGAUUCCUUGGACCAUCUAAGCAAAUGGCUCAGUCAAUCAAGUUUGAGAAAGCUGGACUACUAUAUAAAAGUCUUUGAUGAAUCCUGGGUCAAAGAUAAAAUAGUUUUGAAGGAUAAAAGAAACGAGUUAGGAUCACCGCUGAAUUAUGCUCGUUUGUACUUCCCCAAAAUAUUCCCUGACCUGAAAGGGCGUGUCAUCUUUGUGGACAGCGAUACCAUAACCCAGGGUGACAUCGAAGAACUCAAUUCAAUUGACAUCAAGCCUGGACAUGUGGUGGCCUUUUCAGAUGACUGCAGUGCUGUCACGUCAAGAUACGGUGUUAUAAUGAACCGGUAUGCAAGCUACUUGAACUUUGGGAAUGAAAAACUUCAAGGUCUUGGCAUCAACCCCAUGGAGUGUUCUUUUAAUCCUGGUGUCUUUGUUGCUAACGUAGACGAAUGGAGAAAACAGAACAUCACUGCAAAGCUAGACUACUGGGUAACUGUCAACUCAAAAGAAGAUGUUUAUGGUAGUCAACGUGGUGGUGGUCAUUCCGGCCCUCCGAUGAUGAUUGUUUUCUACAUGAAGUAUUCACCUAUUCCUCCUGAAUGGCACAUACGUCAUCUUGGUGUUACUACCGGUGCACGAUACUCAGACACAUUCUUGAAGGCUGCCAAGCUUCUUCACUGGAACGGUCGCUUCAAACCAUGGGGCCAUAACUCACAACACACGCUGGUAUGGGAGAAGUUUUUUGUGCCCGAUACCACUGGGGACUUCCAAAUAGCCAGACGUUUUGGCAAUGUUUAAAAAGGCCAAAUCCCAACUUUUUUUACUUUCGAAAAAAGGGUAAGAUUAUGUGUAAUAUCCCUGGAUUAAUAAGGUAUAAGGACCCAUACUUUAUCAACAUUAAGGUUAAAACUGCCCAGAAUUUGACAUUUUUCAAGUUUUUAUUAGAGAUAAGUAGUGAAAAUAUCGCAUUGGAUUCCGCAAUUCAGAUGAUGAUUUUCUUAGAUUUAGCUACAUGUAUAUUGACAUGUAUUUUUAUGGGGGAUUAUUAAAUAUUAAUAGAGGGCGGGGUGUGCGCCUGUUAUGCCUCCUAACAAGAUUUGCCACUAUUGUGCGGUUGUGGCAGAUGACGUGAUUCUCAUGGGGAGUGAGUGGGUAGGCUCAAACCCAUAACCUGUGGGGGUGAUUCCACAGCUCAAAGUCAAUCUCAAACGUCCCCAAAUGAAGUGGGAUUUUCGGGAUAUUUUCAAUUACAAAAAAAAAAGUUUGGACAAUGAUACAGCAUGCCUUAAGUCAAAAUCAAGGAAUUUAUGACCUAUUUGUUCACGCACUUCUCGAGAAAGGAAGAAAAAAAAAACAAUGAUAAUAAGAUGAAUUUAUCAAUGUCAUGAAUAUCGAAACUUUAUAUUCAAAUACUCUUUACAUUUAAUUUUUGAAUUUCGUAGAAUUUCGUAGAAUUUUUUUAUUUCAAAAAUUACCUGUAAAUGGUCAAGAUUUCCAGGAAUGUGGAAACACAGGCCAUGUUUGGUGUCACUAGACCACCAUUCCUCUUGAUAUAUUUCUUCAUUCAUCACUUUGUUGGCAAAUCUGCACAAUAAAGGAAAUGAUACAAUAUGCCAAUGACCCUUCACUUUUUAGGAGAAAAUGCAGGGCAAUAAAAUUCGAUAUAAUAGAUAAAAACCUCUUGGGAUAUUAUUCAAUAAUCUUCUAAAUAUGUAUUAUUGAGAGAGAGGAAAAACCCUACAAAAACCUUUGGUGCUAAAAUUCACAGAGAACACGUAGAUAGAAAACAAUCUAGAUAAACGUGACAACUCACUAGUUCCAAGACUCCAACAUAGAUGCAAUAAAGUCUUAACCCUAACUAGGCCGGGCUUUUUUGGCUGUUCUGUGGCCGGGGGGGGGUUGAUUCAACCCCCCCCUCAGAUCUCGACCGCCGAUCGCGCGAGCGCCGCAAAAAUUUGCACGCUGGUAGUGUGCGAUGUAAUCUACAAGGCUGUAUGGUAAAAUUUUCCAAAAUAAUGAGAUUUUAUUUUAUAUUAAUUAAUUAUGCUAAUUUAUGCAUAAAUCAUACUUUUUGCUCUAAUUCACUAAAUAAAGCUCCUAGAAUGCUAAUUUUUCGUAAAAAUAUUCCUUGUAGCAUUCUUAACAAUUGCAAUUGAAUAAAAACUUCGGUUUGGAAAUCAAUUUCUUAUGUAUUUUAUUGUUUUAUGAAUUUCUUAUGUAUUUCUUUGUUUUUCAACCUUUUGUUUUUCUUUAUUUUUUUCACCAGAUUUAUUGCACAACCCUUUUGAAGCAUAAUUAUGCUAAAAUCAAUUGCUUUCAGCUGUUUAAAGUAAAAAUAAUCAUAUCUUUAUGAAUAAGAUGAGAAAACUCAAUUUGCAUUGACUUUGUACACAAAAUCACAUUUUGGAACAAUUUUUGGUCUGACAUGCACUUACAAAAUGUUGCGUAAUUUCGGAACCGCGUACCCGGGCGUCGUAAAUUUGGUCUCAAAAGAUGCGCGAGACUUAAAAGUAUAAACUCUGCGAGUGACGCGGUCAAAUAAUUUCGCGCGGCGGAAUGAUUGCAGAAAAUGUUGAGGGGGGGGGUUGAUUCAACCCCCCCCCGGCCAUUUUAGGGUUAAGUUUGAAGAAAUAAAAUGUGAAAUGGAGGCAGAAAAAGUGCACAUUUCCAGAGGCUAAAUGGUCUAGUAAUGCAUCCAUUUUGCCAAACGGGCAACCUCUACUAUACAGUAGAUGUAACACAGUAUGAAUAUUUUCUCAUUGUUUUUCAUAUUUACAUGUACAUGUUUGAUGGAAAUAUUUUUGUUAUCCAUGGAAAUAGAGUUCAAAAGCUGAAAUAUUGCAGGGUACCGGCUUGUUAUCUGUUUUUAGUACGUUUUACAUUAAAGGGCAAGUGUGCCCCAGGUGCAUAUUUUUAUAUUUGCUAUAAGUUUUAAAAACUUUGUUUGUUUUUCUUUUAUUGUCAUUAUUGUGCUGUUCACUUCAUGCAGAAACCAUCACAGAAUUGUGCGUUCAAGGACAAUCUUAGACCUAUCUCUGAUUCAUGUUUGAAAUAUUGCAUGAUAAUUUUUGUUUAUCAUUUCAUCAUUGCUUUGCUGUUUACAUGCUGCAGAUAUAAGUGUUUAAGAGGCGUAUGAUCUCCUUUCAUGGUGCGUAAUAAAGAGGGCAGUCCACAUAGAUACGUCAGGGGCCUGUUUCAUAAAACUUGUAAUAAUAACAAAUUUACAAUAACAGUUAAAAUCUACUGAAAUCCUUUCAUCUGAUUGGUUGAUGGUACAUUUGUUAUAGAAAUCUUGCAUUUGUUUUUAUAGCAAGUCUUUGUGAAAUGGGACCCUGGUUGGUUUCAAUCAAAGCAAAAAAAAAACGAGAGAAAGAAACAAACAUGAUUUAUAAUUAAAGGAUUUAGUAUUAAACCAUCAAAGAA